AUAUCCUCUUUUGUAUCUUCUCUUGGCUGUUCUGGUUAUAAUUGUAUCGAUUGAAAUCGUGCCGCUGUUCAAAUUUGCAACUGCAAUUAAUUGAUCCUUCGCAAGAUCAGCUGUGUAGGCAUAUUGCAAGGCGAACAAGCAGAAGGGAGCGCAAGGCACGCCUUGCAACACCAUUCUAGAUCUUGCUACCGCAUCGAAGCAGUAACACCUAUCGUAAGAUUUUUGAAAGUCACGUUCAUGUUACUUGUCCUUCGUGUUCUCUGUCUGCCUUCUUCUCACAAGUUGAUGUUCGCGCACACCCAUCCCCACCCAACCCACCAUCGCCGCCGCAACUCCUACAUAUCACAUCAAUACUCAUCGUUCACUCUUCAAACAUAAAAUCUCAUAAUAAAUGAAUUCAAAUCAAUAUCGGCCUCUUGGCUCGAAUAAUACCAUAUCCGAUGUACGCAGAAGUUACCUAAGCCUAAGACAACCCACGCACGCCCGAAGUCCGGAGUCCGUUUCGAAACAUCAUCGUCCGGGUUGGCCCUCGCAACUUCCAUCACCACCAUACAAUCACCGCAGCGAGCAAGCAAGGAAAAAUUCGUGUGAACUAUUGAUUAUAGCAGGCACAGUUGUCGAAUAAUACCUCUCAACCCACACCAAGAGAAGUUUUGCAUAGAAUCCUUCAACAACAGUAAGAGGACAACGCCGCACUGUAGCACAGCGCAGAGCAGCACGAAAAGUUCAAUAUAAUCAUUGGCUUACUGGAGAUUUGACCACCUUUGCGCAUCCGUGAACUUCAGGCAAGCAGCAAUGCCACCGCCGCCGCCGCCGUUCGCUCGGUCCUCCUGCUCAAACGGCGCAAUGUCCCCGUUCCUUUGUCCUCUUUAGAGAUUUUCGAUGACCUCGGAGGUAUUCAUCGUUCUACGACUGAUGUUGCUUUUCCUCAAAACCUAGUCCGCAACCCCUGGUCUUGAAAGGGCCCCAAUCCCCAGUCUCCACCCAAAUCUGCGGUUUUGCGUUCGUACAGAUGGUACUGUAGUAGUUUACGGGUUUCCGUUACUUUGCCUGCUUGCCUGCCUGCCUGUCCGCCUGCUCGGGUGUUCUGCUUACUCUUACUCUUACCUCUGGACAUCUCUCUUUCUCUAGGUUCUCCGUUUCGCUGAUUCUUUCCUCUUCUUCUCUCUUUUUUGUUCGUCACUCGACGGUAGACCUUUUGCGAUUUCGCUAUUACACUCUUUUCCCUUUGAGCUUCGGCUUCUACAAACUCAACUUCAUACACUCGUUCUAUCUGAUUACUCUGCGUUGCGUUUUUUCUGCUUUUUAUUGUAUUCUUCCAUCACCCCUAGUUCUGCCCCUAGCUGUUGAUUUUGCUCUUUUUCCCUGUUGAUAUAUACUUGCUACUUUCUAUCCCGCGCUAUUGUCUUUGUUCAUUUCUACUUUCUCUUUUUCCUUCUACGAUUGACCGAUUUAUUACUGGCCUUCUCGCCAUCGCCUACUCUCAGCUCCGAACUUCGACGAUCACCCCUUGUCAAGGACGAAUAUCUGGCCCUCCAGAAGCUUUCGAAAUCGAACGAUAGCUGGUUAUGCAUUGUGCCCUACUCCGGUAACAACUUUUCGAACCCCAACCAUUGUAAUACCAACAAUCGAAAAGAAAGGAGAAAAUCCCUAGGACCCCACACCAAAAGAGGAGGAUAAUACGAGGAAGACAAUGGCCCCAGCAGCAACCGCCCCCGUCCGUAUUCCCCGAGCUGAAGCACCCCUUCCGACCGCUCUCCCAGGACAACCAGCACCGGCGCGCGCCAACCUAGGACCAUUGACAACUGCUUUUGCUUUCCCAUCGCACUGUUCGCGCGUCGCCGUCUCGGGAACUUUGGCCGUCCGUGGACAGACCUGCCGAGUACGCGAUGCUAAACCCACGGCGGAAGACGACACGGGUUGCUGGCCGCGAGCUACUGCAUAUCCCUCUGCUGCUGCCAGUGCCUCGUCUUUGCAGGGCCUCGGAUUCUACUCGCCCGGUGUAAUGUGUCCUCAAGGCUAUGCUACCGCUUGUUCUGCCGCUAUUGCGACUCCAGGAGCCCCGCCCCCAAAAGUUACCGGAGCUCCUGUUCCGCAGUUUGGAUUCCAAUUCCCCCUGGUCGCUGGCGAGACUGCGGUCGGAUGUUGUCCUACGGGAUACACAUGUGCUAUGAACGGAGGUGCCCAGGCUUGUCACCAAGUUGCUACGAACACGAAGAUCGAUGCAAUGACGUGUAACAAUGGAGUUGCGAUUGUGGAUGUGAAUACUCUACAGGUACCUUUCACCAGCGAAGGAACACCGGUGCAAACCUUGAACAUUUGGGCGCCCUUGGUCCAGAUCCACCACCAAGCUUCUGAUUUGCCUCCUACGUCCACGCCUACACCGACACCUACACCGUCCAGUUCUUCGGCGAUUGUGACGAGUUCAGCUGUCUCAUCCAGCUCAAAUGCACAGAGCUCAUCGGCUUCAUCGAGCCAAUCGAGCUCCAGCGUACAGAACUCAUCUGUUUCCAGUGUGCCGAGUUCGUCAAGCUCGAGUGCAACCAGUGUGGUGAUUUCUAGCGGUGGGAAGAGUACUGUACUUUCGACAAGCUCUAUCAGCGGUUCCUCUGCAGGUGGGGCGAGUCAAUCCACUGCUAUGACUGCGCCGUCUGGAUCCUCGAGUAGCGUUUCGAGCAGCGCAGGCUCAUCAAUCUCCGUGAGUGGUAGCGUUUCAGGUACCUCGAGCGCUGCAAUCACGACGGGUUCUGCCUCUGUCUCACUCAGCGGAAGCACCAUCAUGUCCAGCAUUCUCUCAUCUCUGCCCAGCUCAUAUAGUGGAGCAACCGCUCUGCCAACCUUUGUCGCCGGUGGCGGCGUGGGAGCGGGCCCUGGUGCUGGUUCAAGUUCAGGCGCAGGGGCAGGAGCUGGAGCUGGAGCCGGGUCUGGAUCGAACGGAAUCAGUUCGGCUUCGCCUACCAUACCAACCAGUGCCCCCAGUGCAUCUGCGAGUGCAGCUCCCGAGCCUGCCCCUGCCUUGAGCACUGGUGGCAAAGUGGGCAUUGCAUUUGUACCCAUCGCGGCGGCCGCCAUGCUCAUCACCUAUCUUUUGUACCGCAAACAGAAGCAAGGCAAGGACAAAUCCAUCGAAGAGCCUGAGCACACCGAGAAGACACCACCUCCCGAGUUUUUGCCUCCGCUGGAUCUUACGGAAAACAGUCCAUAUAACGAGGACGCCAUGGCCAACGGUGGAUUGCAAUACAUCGCUUCUGACGACAUCAAUCCGGAAUACAUGGCCCGUAGCGUCAACAAAGACAGCGUGGGAAUGUUCAACGUCGCCAACGUCAAUACCUACAGCGUCAGCAUGGCUAAAAAUGGCCCCGGACCCAUGGUACCAGAACCCGUAGCAUUUGCUGCCGCCGCCGUCCCCAGAACCACCGGCCGUGCCGAAGAAGAGGCGAUGCACUAUUACGGCGAUGAGCGUGAUAUGCAAAUACCAGAUACUCCGUCUUCCUCGUGGCCUAAUGUCGUAGCGGGGCAUGCGCGUACUGCUUCGCGAUGCACGGAUGAACGCAGUAUCGAUUCGCCUAUUGAUGGCACCUCGCCUUUCCGACUGAAGCGUGGCGAUUCUGGAAAAGACAAGCAUGGUUCCAACCCAUCAUCUCCAUUGUCUUUUGGGUGUGCAGCAUCAUCCCCACUGGCUCGCAGUGGAUCGCCCGGUUCGUCCGACGAUUCUCGUAGUGGAUCAGCUGCUUCUUCCUACGACACUCGCAACGACUCGGCUUCCUCAUCUUACGGUUCUUCUCAGCCCUCUCCAAAGGGAAGUGAGUUUGAAUUCAAUGGUUUAAAGAGAGAGAAUUCAUUUUCUCGUCCAAGGCCUGCACGUCCCAAGACAGGAGCGAGCAGCAUCUACACGGAUGUGUCUCGAGAUACACGCGUGCUGAGCUGGAAUGAUGGAGACUCGCCAAUGCCCCCCAUGCCAUCUCCUUCCAGACUAGAGACGGUGAUGGAAAGCGAGAGCCCCCACCCGAUGCGAAAGGACAACGAGCAGAAGCAUGACAGUAUUGAGGCUGCGGUAGCAGCCAUUGCCGCGGGCAAGAUUACUCCUCCUAGUCAGGCCCAGAUCAAAUCCAUUUAA